UGCCGCCCGGAGCCGGCCGGGGCGCGCGCUGCAGACCAGCCGGGCGGCAGGCUUGACCCCGCGGCCCGCGGAGGUGGCGUCGGGACCGCGGCGGGGACCCCGCGCCCGCCCGAGCCCGGAGGAUGGCCUCGGUGUUCACGUGCGGCGUGGAGGACCUGCUGUUCGCCGGCAGCCGCUUCGUGUGGAACCUGACGGUGACCACGCUGCGGAGAUGGUCCUCGGAGCGGCUGCGGGCUUGCCACCAGGUGCUGCGGACGUGGUGCGGGCUGCGCGACGUGUACCAGAUGACCGAGGGCAGGCACUGCCAGGUGCACCUCCUGGAUGACAGAAGGCUGGAGCUGCUGGUUCAGCCCAAACUUCUGUCCAGAGAGCUGCUGGACCUGGUGGCUUCCCACUUCAACCUGAAGGAGAAGGAGUACUUUGGAAUAACGUUCACGGACGACACGGGUCAGCAGAACUGGCUGCAGUUGGACCACCGAGUCCUGGACCAUGAUCUGCCCAAGAAGCCGGGCCCAGCCGCCUUGCAGUUUGCCGUCAGGUUUUACAUCGAGAGCAUAUCGUUUCUAAGGGAGAAAACCACCGUGGAGCUGUUUUUCCUGAACGCCAAGGCCUGCGUGCACAAGGGGCAGAUCGAAGUGGACAGCGAGACCCUCUUCAAGUUAGCAGCCCUGGUUUUGCAGGAAGCCAAGGGAGACUACACCAGUGACGAAAGUGCCCGGAAGGACCUGAAGGCCCUGGCGGCCUUUCCCACGCGGACUCUGCAGGAGCACCCGUCUCUCGCUUACUGUGAGGACCGGGCCAUCGAGCACUAUCUGAAGUUCAGAGGACUGACCCGGGGCCAGGCUGUGGUCCAGUACAUGAAGAUCGUGGAGGCCCUGCCCACCUACGGCGUCCAUUACUACGCGGUAAAGGAUAAACAGGGACUUCCUUGGUGGCUUGGCAUCAGCUACAAGGGCAUCGGCCAGUAUGACUUACAGGACAAGGUGAAGCCGCGGAAGUUGUUCCAGUGGAAGCAGCUGGAGAACUUGUAUUUCCGUGAGAAGAAGUUUGCCGUGGAGGUCCACGAUCCUCGAAGGAUUUCGGUGUCUAGAAGGACCUUUGGGCAGAGCGGCCUCUUGGUGCAAACCUGGUAUGCGAACUCUUCUCUCAUCAAGUCCAUCUGGGUCAUGGCCAUCAGUCAGCACCAGUUCUACCUGGACCGCAAGCAGAGCAAAGCAAAAAUUCCUACAGCCAGGAGUUUAGAUGACAUCGCCAUGGAUCUGACAGACACUGGAACACAAAGGGUGUCCAAACUGGUGACCCUGGAGGCGAAGGGUCAGUUCAUCAUGGCCAGCAAUGGCAGCCUAAUAUCCUCAGGUUCUCAAGACUCCGAAGCCAGCGAGGAGCAGAAGCGCGAGAAGAUCCUGGAGCUCAGGAGGAAGGAGAAGCAGCUGCAGGAGAAGCUCCUGAAGAACGUGGAGGAGCUGAGGAGGAUCUGCCUGCGCGAGGCCGAGCUCACGGGCAAAGUGCCCAAGGAGUAUCCCCUGAACGCAGGCGAGAGGCCUCCCCAGGUCAGGAGGCGUGUGGGCACCGCCUUCAAGCUGGAGGACAGCCUGCUGCCCAGCGAGGAGGACCCGGCGCUGCAAGGCCUGGAGAGCAACUUCCUGAUACAGCAAAAGCUGGUCGAAGCCGCAAAGAAGCUUGCCAACGAGCCCGACCUGUGCAAGACGGUGAGGAAGAGACGGAAGCAGGACUACGCCGAGGCGGUGAGGAAGCUGCAGGAGAUCGAAAACGCCAUCAACGAGUACCGCAUCCGAGGCGGGAAGAAGGCCAGCCCGAGAGCCUCGGGCGCCGUGGCCGAUGACAUCAUCCCCUCGGAGAGCAGCUCCUUGUCGGACACCGCCACCUAUGACGAUCCCAAUGAUGCCUUCACGCUCUCUGGGCAGCGACCAAGUUCAGUACCUCACUCUCCAAGGAUCCUUCCCCCCAAGUCUCUGGGCAUUGAGCGAGUCCACUUCAGAAAGUCGUCCUUCGGCGAGCAGUCUGUGGACAGCAGGCAGUCCAGAGAAAUGCUGUCCACCCAGAGCAGCCCCUACAAGACCCUGGAGAGGCGGCCCCCGGGAGGACGCAGCAUGCCCACCACGCCCGUGCUCACCCGCAAUGCCUACAGCAGCACCCACCUGGAACCGGAAUCUUCCUCUCAGCACUGCCGCCUUCGAAGCGGGAGCCUCGAGUCCCGAUCCCACCUGCUGUCCGAGACGGACGACGACAAGCCGUUCCUCUCCCUCUCCAAAUCCCAAAGAAGCAGCAGCACCGAGGUGCUGGACGACGGGUCCUCGCACACCAGCCAGUCCAGCACCGAGUACUACUGCGUGACGCCCACCGCGGGCCCCUACUACACCACCCAGACCCUGGACACGCGCACACGGGGCCGGAGAAGGUCCAAGAAGCAGCACAUGUGCACCUCGAGCUCGGGAAGCAUGCCCAACCUGGCCCAAAAGGACACCUCGCGGACCGGCCUCUACGGCCGGAGCCAGGAGCUGCCCUCGGGCUACUACGUGGCCGGGUCCGCGCCCUACGCCGAGUGCGACCUCUACUACGCGGGCUGUGUCUACGAGAACGACACGGAGGGACACUACAGCGUCAACCCUUCCUACCGCUCCUCGGCGCACUACGGCUACGACCGCCAGAGGGACUACUGCAGGUCCUUCCACGAGGACGAGGUGGACCGCGCGCCCCACAACCCCUACGCCACCCUGCGGCUGCCCAGGAAGGCGGCCGUGAAGUCCGAGCACAUCACCAAGAACAUCCACAAGGCCCUGGUCGCCGAGCACCUGCGCGGCUGGUACCAGCGGGCCUCGGGGCAGAAGGAUCCGGGGCACAGCCCGCAGACCAGCUUCGACUCGGACAGGGGCUCCCAGCGAUGCCUGGGCUUCCCCGGGCUGCAGGUGCCCUGCUCCCCGAGCAGCCGAGCGUCGUCCUACACCUCAGUGUCUUCUACAAACACUUCUGGGAACUGGAGGACCCAGUUAACCAUAGGGCUCUCGGAAUAUGAGACUCCCACCCAUCCGUACACCAGCUGCUACGGCACGGUGUACCAUCCUUUGCCCUCGCCCAGCAGGCAGAACCCAGGGCCUCUGUCCCGGAGCCUGGUGGUGUCUCCAGAGAUGAGAUCAGUUUUGCAUUCCCUCUUGCUAAGCGUAGCCAGCGGUAACAGUACCCAGAGGCCCACCAACUGGACGGUGCAGCUGGGCCCGGGCUGGAGGGCGGCCUGGAGAGCGGGGAGCAGAGGCUGUACUGGCACGAAGAGUCAAAGCCUGGGACAUUAGUCUGACCUGCCGUCGGAGCUCUCUGCCGAGCCUGCGUCUCACCCUGGUGUGCCUUGCAAGAUGUGCGUGUCUCCCCGGCAGGCUGUGGGCUCCAGAGACCCGAGGGGGCCCAGGCUGCCUGCAAAGCAAAUCCCUGCAGCCCAGGCGCCCUGCUCCGGGUCCAGGCCCACCCGGGGCCCCUGCAGGACAGGACUCCGCCGGACGCUUCGGGAAGGAGUAAAUCGACCAAGGCAGACUCAAAAACCAUGACUGUGUUCAGGGAGGGCGACCCCUGGGCGGGCAGGCCAGGGUUUCAGAGCACAAUGGAGAAUGCAGAAGGAAGGGAAACCGGGGGUCCUGGGCCGCGCGCGGCUCAUCGGCAGCGUGACCUUGUGAUCCUCGGAGAGGAGCCUGCCGUGGGGACACGGACAUGAACCAUGUAGACAGUAUUGGAAAAUUACUUGAAGAGAAGCUGGGUUUUCAUGAAGUUCCGAGUGCGUGUAAAUGUGUUUAGGCUGUUGUGAAGAGUGCCCCUUUUCAAAGCACCACGUCGUGGGUUCUGGACAGACACUGCCGUCGCGUCCUGCGAGGUGACUUCUGGUAGCCACGGGGGGGAGGGGGAUGAAGCAGGCCCCCCCUGCACCAGAGUCGGCCUUGAGGGCUUUCUAAGGUACCGCGUCCCGGAGCACCUGCUUUCUUCCCCGUCCUCGGGCAUGAUGAGCGCUUCUUGUCCAGGCUGGGGACCCCCCAUCUUGCCGGUCGGUCGUGUGAAAGAGUAGACUCCGUGCGGAGCGUUUUCACGAUCAAGAGAUCGAAAAAGUAUUCUCAGUGACACAGAAAGGGCCCCAGACAGUCACGAAACAAAACAAAAAGCCACAUCAUCGUAGGUGAACCGUGUGCCUUAAGAUGGUGAACCUUAGCCGGGCGCGGUGGCCCACGCCUGUCAUCCCGGCGGUUCAGGAGGCUGAGGCAGUAGGAUCACGAGUUCAAAGCCAGCCUCCGCAAAAAGCGAGGUGCUAAGCAACUCGGUGAGACCCUGUCUCUAAAUAAAAUACAAAAAAUAGGACUAGGGAUGUGGCUCUGGGGUCCAGUGCUCCUGAGUUCAAUCCCCAGUACCCACCCCCCAAAAGGAAAAAAAAAGAUGGUGAACCUGAGCGAAUUCCACAUUGUCCACAUCCCACCCGCAGUUCCAUAUCCCCCAGUGUCACAAACAAGGUUGACAUAGAUUGAACUCUGAGGCUAGAUCUACCUCCUACCUUCCCAGGAAGAACCGAUUGGCUGUGUUUUAUUGUAGGGUUGGCUGGUUUGUUGAACACACGAUUUCCGUCUUCCAGAGCGAUCGUCACCCACCCUUACUGUGCUUCACAAUCCCACCCACGGUGCUCCUGGACCCUCCCCUUUUCUACAAGUCUCUUGUUCAUAUUGUGAAUAGAAACGUUUCUGAACAACUUUUUUUGCAACAGUUUUUCUAUCCAUAUUCCCAAAGCAUGUAAUAUCUACAUAAAAAACUGAUUUGUUAAACCGGUCCUUAGUCAUUUGUAUCAUUAGAAAUGAAGUCUGGGGGGAAAAAUUUGGAGGAGGAAAAAAAAAAAAAAACACAAGCACAAUAAUAAUAAUAAUAACUUAUUCCUUUUUUCAUAUUUGUAUAGCCUUCUAGAUGCAGAAAUGCCCUUUCGCCUAUUCUUUUACUGUUCUGACUUUUUAAGACCUAUUAUUUUUUUACGUAGGUCAAUAAACUCAAGGUGUGCUACUGAA